AUGGCUCACCUUGCUGCGCACUUUGAGCCGCCCGAGGCGCGCAGGUCCGCCUCCACCUCUUCACCAGCGCCUCAUCCCUACAUGGUCGAUCCCAACGGGCGCGCCUCCUCCUCUUCUCGCUCGUCUCAGCAUCACUAUCAGCAAGAGCAACAACAUGCCUUUCCGCAGAUGUCGGACUCAGAUAACCUGAUUCGCAGCAACGGAUCCUUGCACAACACACCCUCUACACUAGAGGCCGACCUGGACCCUCAGCAGCUCACCACCGAAGCCGAAGACGAGGACGAUGCCUCGACAGCUAGCGGAAGACGUCAUGGUGCACUUUUGGUCGAGGAUGUCAAUGAGUGGAUGCUCCAACACUCCUUCUUCCACUGGGGACUCAAACGCCAUAUCACCCACGGCAAUCCGAAACCCAGAGACGAACGAGACCUUCCAGAUUGGCGCAUGCGCGAGCGCUUACGAACCGUCACCGCUGCUCUCGUCAUGUGUCUCAACAUCGGUGUCGACCCUCCGGACGUCUCCAAGACCAAUCCGUGCUCCAAGCUCAUCUGUUGGAUGGAUCCCAGCUCGCUCGAAGUCUCCAAAGCGCUGCCCGCCAUCGGCCGCAACCUGCAAGCCCAAUUCGAAACGCUCAGCACAAAGACCCGCUACAAGCAGUACCUUGAUCCUGUCGUAGAAGAAACGCGCCGCUUUUGCACCACUCUGCGAAGGGCAGCAAAGGACGAGCGUGUGCUCUUCUACUACAACGGCUACGGCGUGCCCAAACCGACGCCAGGCGGUGAGAUUUGGGUCUUCAACAAGGCUUACACGCAGUACAUUCCCGUUACGCUCUAUGACCUUCUCACAUGGUUGGGCAGCCCAUGCAUCUUUGUGUGGGACGCCAGCUCCGCCGGCAACGUUGUGGUCAACUUCAAGCGUUUACAAGAGAGGAAGGCAGAAGAGGAGUCUACGCGCUCGAAUCGAGACAGAGAGGGCCACAACCGCUCAGCUGAUCGCGAGCGCACCAAACAGAGUGCGGAUACCUUCAGCUCGGCAAAGAAGACGGGCGCCCAAUCGUCUUCAAGCGAAGAGCCUCACUUCCCACUGCGAGAGUCGAUCCACCUCGCGGCCUGCGGUCCCGACGAAGUGCUCCCCAUGAACCCCGAUCUCCCAGCUGAUCUCUUCACUUGCUGCCUCACUUCUCCCAUCGAGAUCUCGCUGCGCUGGUUUGUGCUGCAAAACCCCUUGCCCUCCAAGCUCAAUGUCGACAUGGUCAUGAACAUCCCCGGCCGCCUGCAGGACCGAAGGACACCACUCGGCGAACUCAAUUGGAUCUUCACCGCCAUCACCGACACCAUCGCAUGGACCGUCUUGCCACGCACCAUCUUCCGCCGACUCUUCCGCGACGAUCUCAUGGUAGCUGCGCUCCUUCGCAACUUUUUACUCGCGGAACGCAUCAUGCGCUUCUACCACUGUACGCCUAUGAGCCAUCCCAAACUUCCGCCCACACACAACCAUCCGCUCUGGGACAGCUGGGACCUCGCCGUGGACCAAUGCCUUGCUCAGCUACCUACACUACUCGCCAAGGAACGUGCCCAGGCAGAAGCAGCUGAAGGUGGCCCGCCCGUUCCUCCGCACCUCGCAUCGUUCGAGUACCGUCACAGCACUUUCUUUAGCGAGCAGCUCAAAGCUUUCGAAGUCUGGCUUCAGCAAGGCGGUGUCAGUCGCAAGGGCAGGCGACGCCGGGUCAACGCUGCCAUCACGCCGCAUGGCAAUCCUUCCGCUGGGCUAUCAUCGGCAGCGACCGGCGCCGAUCCAGAAGCGUUCGACGACGAUGGAGACGCCAGCCCGGUACGCGAACCGCCCGACCAACUUCCCAUCGUCCUGCAGGUGUUGCUCUCGCAAGCGCACCGUCUGCGCGCUCUCAUUUUGCUCAGCCAAUUCCUCGACCUGGGUCCGUGGGCGGUCAACAUGGCGCUCAGCAUCGGCAUCUUCCCUUACGUGCUCAAGCUUCUGCAGAGUCCCGCUGCCGAUCUCAAGCCCGUGCUCAUCUACAUCUGGGCGCGCAUUCUUGCUGUGGACCGCAGCUGCCAAAACGAUCUAUUGCGAGACAAUGGCUUCAUCUACUUUGCCGGUGUGCUCAGCCCUUUCCAGAACACCAAUGUCGGCCAAAAUGCUGGCGCCAAUGGGCCGUCGAUCCCCAUCCCCAACGUCUCAGAGCAUCAAGCCAUGUGCGCGUUCAUUCUUGCCGUUUUCUGCCAAGACUUCCCCGCGGGUCAGGCAGCGUGUCUCGAGACCGACGUCAUGCACUCGUGCCUCGAGCAUCUGGAAGACGACGACUUUUUACUGCGUCAGUGGAGUGCGCUCUGCCUGGCUCAGCUGUGGGACGACAACGAAGCGGGCAAGGCGCGUGCCAUUUCGCUCGAUGCGCAUGGAAAGCUUUGUUGCAUGCUCGGGGAUGUUUCGCCCGAGGUGCGUGCUGCCGUCCUUCACGCUCUCGGCACUCUGCUUGGUGCGAGUGGGUCCAGCCAGGACCAAGUCGACGUAGUCUCGCACGCCACUGGCGAGCCAGUGCCUGUCUCGAGCAGCGCCAGCAGUCGUUCUGCUUCGUCGCGGCGUUUCUGCCCCGGCACUGGCGCUGCAACGGGUUUGCCACCAGCCAAACAACGAAGUCUUGAGAUCGGUAUUGCCAUUGCCUUGCUCACGACCAAGGGCGACUGCAGUCCGCUUGUCCGAAAGGAGCUCGUCAUCGCCCUCAGCCCGGUGGUCGCAGAGUACAAGGGCUUCUUUGUCCUGGCCGCUUACCUAUACUACUCGAGAGAAGGCAACCUGCGCAACGCAUCGUCGCAGCAGCAGCAGCAACAACAGCAGGAGCAAAAGUCCGCGACAUCCCGUGCCAAAUCUACGCAAUCGUCUGCGGGCCAGGACAGGAGAGCAUCGCUUGCAUCCCUCGGUCGAGGCAGGUCCAGCACCAAUAUCUCCGGGCCAUCGCCUAGCGCGCUUGCCAACGAAGAGGCACUACUCGCCCGUCUGGCGUCCAAGCUCCUGAUCGAGGAAGAAAUUGAAGAGGAAGACAUUGCCAACAUUCCCGCGUUCACCACCAUAUUCGUAGCGCUCCUCGAUCUCAGUGUCGACUCGAACCCGGAGGUUGCCAAUCUGGCAUGCACCGUGGUCGACUUUGUCAUUGCGCUACUGAUCGAGAGCGACGUGUUCGGCGCCGGGGAGAGCGUGCUACGAGGCUUUGGCGCAGGAGAGACGAUCUCGCGGUUCACCACGCCGACCAGCACUGAUGCUACCUCGGAAGGCUACUUCCCGCUGACUCCCCGCUCCACAGGGACAACGCCGGGCUCCAUUGACGAGAUGUCAACGUCGCAGAUCGCAGCGAUGAACGGAGCCCACGUACCGCCCUCUGGCUUUGGCACGGGUGGCUCUGGCCCCGCUCGACCGGGUCAGGUCGUGCGGUCGCAGUCGCAUGCAGUGCCCAAACGCACCUCGACCCUCGCGCAAGCGGUCAAGACGCUGGCCACGCUAGGCUACUCGCGACCCGCUUCGCCUGUCGGAUCCGACCACGACAGCUCGGGCCGACCUCUGUACGGAGAAGCAGGGCCAUCGGGUAUUCCUCCGCCCGGUCCAGCCGUUCUGGCACCACGUCGUAGUCCAGCUACCAAAGCAGCCGCAGCUCAGUACAACUCUCCUUACCUCUCGAAAGGCGGCGCAGGCGAGGCAACAACUAUUUCGCAGGAAGCGGCUUCGGCCCUGUCGUUGCCCUCGUCACCGCUCAACUCUUCGACCAAGCUCGGCAAUCGCUCGCAGAGUACCGAGAGCUUAUCCCACUCCAACGGCAGAGCUGAUCGCAGAAAGCUGCCGGGAAGCACCAGCAGCUUUGGACAUGCCGAGCAGUACGUCAAUGGCAACAGCAACGGCAACGGCGGCGUGCAUGACACCAGUACUGACCACGUGACCAGCGCUGGACACGACCAGCAACGCUUCUACGGAGAUGAACUGGAUAGCGAUCCACAUGUUGCUGUUGAGGACCAUAUCAAGGUCGGAGACGCUCUUGCGGGGCUCAUUGCUAUGGACAUGUAUCGCUUCCGCUCGCGCUUCACGGGCAGUGCCGACGGAUCGUCGCAAAACACACCGGCCUCGUCUCCGGCCGUGAGCCGCGCAAACCGAUGGGGAUUCGUUCCCACUCCGGGCAGCAGCGGCGUCAGCACACCUUCGGGCUCCGUGGGGUCCGGUGGCGCCAACAACGAACUCCGAGAGACGCUGCCGCUCAAGAGUCGGCUUUUUGCAUGGUGCAGCGAAUACUACAUCGAACCGCAGAUGAAGCAGGCCGAGAGCGAAGAGCCAGGCAGUAUCAAGUACAACGUGCAGCACUGGAAGAAGCAGCGCAACAGCCGUCUCACGGAGCACUCCCUCGAGAUCGCCGACGCCGCUGCACAGUCUGCGUGGUCGGAACACGGUGGCUAUAUUCGCAACGGUGCGGUCCCGUAUCUGAUGCUGUUCCACCAGUACGAGAACCACCUCGUGACGGCGAGUGAGCAGGGCACGGUGGCGGUAUGGGAUUGGGAGGAGAAGCGUCUGCUCAGUCGAUUCGCUAAUGGCAAUCCAGCCCGGACGAACAUCACGUCUGCGCUGUUCAUCAAUGAGGACAGCGAGGCGAUGCUGCUUGUCGGCUCAGCCGAGGGCAACGUGCGCAUCUACAGGCACUACGACUCGCCGGCGCAUACAGCUGGCUUCCGCGGUCCCGAGCUGGCGUCGAGUUUCCAGGCUCUUCCGGACCUGGUGAGGAGCAAGCGGCCCAGCGGUCUCAUUGUCGACUGGUUGCAAGGGUCGGGGCAUCUGCUUGCGGGAGGCGAUAGCCGAGUGAUCCGGGUUUGGGACGCUCAUCGCGAGCUGUGUGUGGUCGACAUCCCGACUCGUGCCUCGAGCUGCGUGACGUCGAUCUCGUCCGAGUCCGACUUUGGACAUCUGUUUGUCGCUGGAUUCGGCGACGGCACGGUGGGCGUGUACGACCGACGCAACCCGCCCGAAGCAAGCUUGGUGCGAUUGUGGGAAGAGCACCAGACUUGGGUGCAGAACGUGCAUCUGCAGAAGCGCGGGUCUCGUGAGCUCGUCACGGCCAGCGUCGACGGAGAGGUGCGUUUGUGGGACAUGCGUGUCCGAUCGUCGAUCGCCAAGCUGAGUCUGGGCGGCAAAUUGGGUGGCAAGCUGUCGUGCAUGGCGGUGCACGAGCGGAUCCCGCUGUUUGCGGCGAGUUCGGCGCCGAAACCAUUUCGGCCGACGGCUUCGGCUCAGACGGUGCUGCUGACGCAUCUCGAGACGUUGUCGACACUGGGCAAGCCGUUUGUGCGCAACUUUGCACCGAUGGGCUCUACGCAGCAUUUGGGGAACAGCACCUUGCUGUACCCGCCGGAAGCGGUGAAUUCGGGUGUGCACCACCAUCAUCAUCAUUUUCACCACGAGCACCAUCACCAGUAUCACCAUCAUUCCGGCGGUACCGGAAUGGGAGGCGGUGCGAUCCUGUCGCAGCACUCGGCGACGGGAUUCGGCCCCAACGGCGGCGGCAGUGCAGGGGCGGGAGGAGCAGGUGGGGCGGGUAUGGCAGGCGCCAACGCACUACACCUCAACCUCACCAACCCGCUGCACACGCUGUUGCCCCCAGCGACCGAGACCCCUCCGUCGAGCUUCACCCCGGCCGUCGGAAGUAUGGCGUUCCACCCGCACCUGCCCAUCCUGGCGUUCGGUGGGCCGGACACGCUGAUCGAGCUGAGGGAGUGGCCGGACAGCAGUUGA